AUGGGCCAAUUGGGCGGAAGUGAGGCCUCCUCCGACGAUAACAAGGUGGGCUGGUGUACGUUGGGAAAUUCUCUUUUCCACAGCAGCUGGAGGAAAACGCACUGCUCCACUAAAGAUAUGCGUCGUAUGACAAGUGUGAUCAAGAAAGGAUUGCAUUUCUUCGUCCACCUGGUCAAGAACAGGCCUGAGCACUGGGAGGGGGAAAUUGAUCCGACCACGGUGACCGCUUGCAACGACACAUACUUUAGCAGCGUAGAUUUUUCCAGAGCUCGUUGUGACGAUGAACCCGGUUUCGUGCAUGCCCUUGUCGAAAAUGUGCACGUCACCGUAGCAGAUGGAAACUACUUCGUCCUUGCGUACGCAGUCGCCCAAAUUGUAACGUUGAACCAAGCUCUGGCAGAAAUCACAGAAAAAGGGCGUCGAGGGUCUGUAGUAGUCUCGCCACUCGCGCAUGUUGACGUCCACUAUUCCAGGACGGUCAUGAGAGGAAGCAUUUCUCGAGGCCAGCAGCGAUUUCCGGCGCAUGCGCUUUUGCUGAUGCUUCAGCAAUUCUCGUCCCACGACGUUGGGGAUUUCCUUCAACUCGCUUUCGCGUCCCGUUUGGUGUGCCCAAGCGACCAUGGCGUCGAUGUUGCCCGGGUCCGGAUGGAAGAACAUGGGCGAGCGCAAGUGCGGAAUCUGGCAUGCCCCAAACUGAGCAUCCCACUGGCCCAUGAAGCGGUCGGCGACGGCGUCCAACACCAAAAUCUCGUGCGGCUUGAGUUGCGACGCCAGUUCGUACUGGCGCUUGCCGUUUUUCAUUUGGCGGCCAUUGCGCUGCCUGAGCCAGUGGAACCGCUGGUGCUCGUCAUCGGUGAAAACAGCAGCAGGCGUGUUUUCGCAGAGCCGGGCUGCCACUGCAAGGCCACAAGUGCCUCCACCAACAAUAAUGACCUCGAAGAAGUUAUCGGAAAGAAUAUCGGGAACGGGAGCCAUACAGCGGCAUACUUCCCACCGCAGCAACUUUUAUACUUCCCCAUAACCACGUCAGUAGCGGCGGCCAUUGCAGUCGCCAAACAGUGGCUCUGUGCUAUAACCACAGCAGUACUAGAAUGUCGCACUCGAAGAAGACGACAUUUGCGGAGAAGCUGCCUAAUUGGGAAAUCAUCAACACCGUCUACUCAGCGGUUGGGAAAAAAAAUAUUUGUCUAA